CAGGGCGCGGCGUGUUGUCUAAAAUUGCGUAGUGUAAACAUUGAAUUGAAUUGUGCCAGUUGCGGCGACCUCUUCGAAAUAUGUCGUCCGUCAAGAAUAGCCGGUCUUGCUGUGUCUGCAACAAGUUAUUCUGCUGCGAGAAAUGCUGCGAACGUCACAAAAAGAGCAAACAUUCGAGCCAGGAAUUGAGUUGUCCUCUGUGCACUUCCCAGAAGCUUUCGAUACUUGGAUUAUUCGACGAUAAAUUGCUGCUUUAUCACGUACAGAUCGCUCACCUUCCUUUAUAUUGCCGAUUGUGUGGUAAAAUUUUCAGUCGGAUCGAGAAUUUGGAAUCGUUUGGCACGUGCAAAUGGUGGACGUCGCGUCAUCGUCAUUCGCUGGUAUUUGAUAAAAAGUCCAUACCGGUGUCAUCCGACGGAAAAGAAUCGCCCAUAAAUGCAGAAUGCAAUGGCAAAUUCAAAUCAUUGACUUCACCUCCAGAGCUCUAUAGAAACACAAGUACGCCCAUGGUGGUCGGACAAAAAAGUAAUUUAGACUUCAAAACACCCAACGUACCGAACUUUUCUUUCAAGACACCGAAAACUAAUUCCGUAUCGUUGGUAAAGCAAAUUCGUAGCGACUCGCAAGACAGCUCGAAUAGCACCUACCUAAGCUUCGCGAUUUCCGCGAACCACGAAGAGACAUCGUUUCGUUCGGUGUCUUCGAAUCGCAAAGAUAAGGACGAUCGUCGUACAAGUAACUCUGAAAUAAGGAAACUGGAUAUCAUGAAGGAGAAGGAGGAAAAGGUUCAUUCAAAGCCAACUUAUCGCAUCGGUAAUAAUAACGAUGUCGAGGAUAUGGAACUUACCAGCCUCGUGGGCGAGAUUGUAUUUCCCGACUCGCAGAGUCUAGAAAUGUGCGUUCAAACGGAGAAACGAUCCGAUUCCUUGAAGAAAGUACGAUUUUCCGACCAAUACGAUACUCUUCCAGGCCAGUCUAGCAUGGCUAAUAACCCCUUCAACGCCACGGAAAACGAGAACGAGGAAUACUUUGAAGCAUGCGAUACGCUAUCGGGCACGAAAGAACCCCUGAAGAAUCCGCAAAUAAAAAUCCAUGAGGAGCAAAGCACAGAAAAAGAAAAUUACAGCCCGAACAGACGUGAUAUGAAAGUUAAUCAACAACAACAACAACCGUCUGGUUCUUCGCGUGUGGUGAUGAUGGUGGUUAUGGAGAACAACUCUACCCUCUCGACCUCUGAUCUUAUCGAUUCUGGGUUAAAAAAGUUUGAACAAUUCGCUUCCGAAGCCUAUGUCUCGGCCAACAGUCGUAGCUCUCCUGAUUGUAAUAGCUCUUUCAGUUAUAACUGCUACGCAACAACACCGAGUCAAGUGGUUAGUCCUAUACGGAGGGACUCGUCCACCUCGUCGAAUGGCAGUAGCGAGAGCAGCAGCUCUAGUGGACUUUUCUCAGCAGUGGCCAACGCGGUGAGAACCGUAAUGAAGAACUUGUCGGGAGUGGGAAGUUCCAGAAAUAUCGAAAACGAGCAAAUUUCUCGCCAAGAGGACAUUAUUCCGAGACCGUCUACUGGCGAGACGUUCGAUUCGGUGUCGAGCUGCUUAGCUUCUUCUCUUUUACGAAGACCAGGAAAACGUCCAAGGGACACUUUAGAGAACGCAUCCUCGUCGCAGAGACCGAUAGAUGUGAUCGUUCCACAAGUCGAAUUCAAAAGUCCACUUGCCAAGCGACAUCGCGGUCGGUACAGAAUCAAAGGACGAGAACCGAUCGCGAGAAUGCGAAACAAUCGACUUACGUCACCAAGAGGUGUGUCUUCCGAGACCCAAGUUUUUCAUCAGGGAUCACUUUCUGUUGGUGAUACCGUUCUCCCUCUUCCUUCUAGGGCACACCAAUCCACGCAAACUGAAUGACUAAAUAGCUAUAUAGAAGGGCACCCUUGUAACAUUCACUGUUUUGCAUUUUUUAAUGAUCCAAUCCUAUAGACAUACUUUUUCUCGACUACUCGAUACUAUAUAAUUUUUAAUACGUAACAAAAUUCGUCGAAUUAUAUGUCAUUCGAAAUAACUAUUUGAUACAUAUUUGAUAAACUUUCGUAUAGAAUGACCAUAUUGCCAUUUAUACCACUAAGUAGUUACCAGACAUCGUGUAAAAUGUAACAAGUUUAUGUAAUCUAAAUCUUAUUCUGUUGAGAUAUGAUAUUUGCUUGUAUUUAAAUAAAAUGACGGUAAUGUA